GCCAUUUGAGCUGCGAGCCAAUGGAGGGGAGGAGGAAGGAGAGCAGUUGCCGGAUGUGAGGUGUUGGUGUCGGUGGUGGCGGUGGUGUUUUCAGCGCGGUGUGCAGGUAUUUUAAUCCCCAAAGAUGGGUGAACCUCAGCAAGUGAGUGCCCUCCCUCCGCCUCCAAUGCAGUAUAUAAAGGAAUACACCGAUGAAAACAUACGCAAAGGUCUGGCCCCAAAGCCACCUCCACCUGUGAAAGACAGUUACAUGAUGUUUGGUAAUCAGUUCCAGUGUGACGAUUUAAUUAUCCGACCUUUGGAAAGCCAGGGUAUUGAGCGGCUGCAUCCCAUGCAGUUUGAUCACAAAAAGGAAUUGAGGAAACUGAACAUGUCUAUCUUAGUCAACUUUUUGGAUCUCUUGGAUAUCUUGAUAAGGAGUCCGGGGAGUAUAAAGCGAGAAGAGAAACUGGAGGACCUGAAACUGCUUUUUGUUCACGUCCAUCAUCUUAUAAACGAGUACCGUCCUCACCAAGCUAGGGAGACCCUGCGAGUCAUGAUGGAAGUGCAGAAACGUCAGCGUCUGGAAACUGCAGAGCGAUUUCAGAAGCAUUUAGAGCGAGUUGUGGAGAUGAUUCAGAACUGCCUGGCGUCCUUGCCUGAUGAUCUUCCUCAUUCAGAGGGGGGACUGGGAGUGAAAACAGAACCAAUGGACACUGAUGACGGCAACAACUGCAUUGGACAGAGUGAAAAACAGAGAGAACGUUCUGGCUGCAAGAGAGAUCAGGUGUUAGACAAAGAUGCAGCUAUGUGCAGCAUUAUUGAUGAAAUGACAUGAAGGAAUCGUGUCUUAUGUUAACUUACAAUAGAGAGAGGCCAAAUGGAUUCUGAGGGUACAUGCUGUAUUUUGUUUGAAGCGUUCACACUGACUUGGGGGGUGGGUGUGAGCUGCUAAGCAGGUGAGGAUAUUUAAUAUUUUGUGUGAGUUAUAUGUGUAUUGGUCAAAACAUAACUCUGCUUUGUGCAGCGUGGAUGCUGUUAGGUUUUUUGUAUAACGUUGUUUUGUCACUUGCAGCUUUCUGGGAUGUGCUUCAUUUUGUAAAUGCCGUGUGCUGCUGGAAGCAGGGGGUUUGGCUGACUGAAAUGGAAGCUGACAAUUCCUGCAUUUCAAAUAAAUGUUAGUUGUUUACACGUUAAA